AUGUUAAAACACUCUGAGACUACAGAAGCAGAUCAAAUAUUCGAUCAGAUAAUCUAUAAUGAAAUUUAUCCAACAGUUCCAAUAAAAAAUUAUUUCUUAUAUUCAACUGUACCUUAUUCAGCUUUGAAAAACGAUCGUCGCACAAACACAAACUACAUAUCUCCAUUUAGAUCUCACUUGACUCAAGACCAAAUUGAAUGGUUACAAGUUUUAAAAUACGAAAGACAUUCCCAUAAGAUUCAUUAUCCAGAAUACUUAAACGUUUUAGAUGAUUUGCAAUUAAAAGAAUUAAACGACAUAAAAUUAAAAGAAAAAAAAUUAGAAUACUACAAAAAGUCACAAGAGGUUAUCAAGUUUGAUGAACCAAACUAUAAAUAUAUCGACAAGCCAAUCCACUUGAAUAAUCUGCCAAAAGUCCCCACUUUCACAUAUCAAAAGAAGAAAACUACUCCAUCGUCUGCCUUUCCAUCCCUUGAUAAUAACCCAUGGGCCACCCCAGAAAAUAAAGAAUCUAUAAUCAUCUACAACAACAAGUUUUAUUCAAAACCAAUAUUUGAUAAUAUUCAAUUAGAAAAAUUGAAAAAUAAACAAUAUAUUGAUAACCAGUGGAAAUUAUGUCAAAAUACAAAGAAUAAUCAACUUCAACAAGAAUAUGAACCAAAAUUCAAUGAAUUAGAUAAAUCCAUUGACUUGGUUAAUCAGAAAUUGAUUUCUUUAAAGGAAAAAAUCGAUGGAUUAAAUAAAUAUUACGAAAACGAUCUAACCAGAAAAAUAUUUAUUAACGUCGCUUCUUAUAAUAAAAAGAAAAAUAAUAAGUUAAGUCAUUUAUCCACAUUAAGGAAAGUGUUAUCACAACCGCCAUUUGUACAACAAAUAUAUCAAAAUGAUCAUAAUCCUGAAUAUGCGGAUUCAUUUGAAUAUGAGACUAGUGAGGAAAUCAAAUAUGUGUAG